GUAAAUAACCUUUAUUGACAAGUUCAGAAGAAGUCUGAUUCUUUCUAGAAGUACUUGAGUUGAUAAGGUUUUGGACCUGUAACAUUUGUGUCUGAGGUUACUGUUUUAAUGUUUUAAUAAAAAUAAUGGUGUGGUUUUUUCCCUUUACAGUCAGUCACUCUCCACGUUACUUCUACACUGCAGUCACUCCAGGAAUACAUUUCCCAGAGUUCACUGCUGUUGGUCUGGUGGAUGGACAACAGUUUAUGUACUAUGACAGUAACAUCAAGAAGAGGAUUCCUAAGACAGCAUGGAUAAAGAAGGUUGAUGAUGAUGAUCCAGACUACUGGAACAGAAACACAGAGAUUCAGCAGAGAACUCAGGAGAUCUUCAAAGACAAUGUAGCUACUCUAAUGCAGCGCUUUAAUCAGACUGAAGGGGUUCACACAGUGCAGCUGAUGUACGGCUGUGAGCUGGACGAUGAUGGAACCAAGAGAGGAUCCAUGCAGUACAGCUAUGAUGGAGAAGACUUCAUCAGUCUGGAUCUGAACACACACACCUGGACUGUAGCUAAUGAUAAAGCUAAAAUUACCAAACACAUGUGGGAUUCUGAUGUUGGUUAUAGUGUGUGGCAAAAUAACUACUUGGAGAACACCUGUAUUGAGUGGUUACAGAAGUAUGUGGCUUAUGGCAGAGACACUCUGCAGAGGAAAGUUCCUCCUGAGAUGGCCCUGAUUCAGAAGGACUCCUCUUCUCCAGUGUUAUGUCAUGCUACAGGUUUUUUCCCCAGUGAGAUUUUAAUCUCCUGGCAGAAGGAUGGAGAGGACAUGCAUGAGAAUGUGGAGCUCAGACAAACGUUACCCAACCAGGAUGGAACCUUUCAGAAGGGAAGCAUUCUGACAGCCUCACCUGAGGAACUGGACAAGAAUGACUACACCUGUGUAGUUCAUCACAGUGGACGGGAGAAGGACUUAGUGCUGAGAAUGGCUGAUCACAGAUUCCAGAAGACAGGUAAGAGGAAUCUGAUUCCAGAAAAGACUGAAACUUAACACUGAAUGUCAUUAUAUUUAAGCUGCAAAUAGUAGAGGUCUACAGUGAUGUUACAUACUGGUCAC